AGCUCCUGAGAGAAAGAGAACGAGAGACAGACAGCACAAGCGCAGGAAGCCGGUACUCGCUGUCAGAGGACUCUGCAGAGAAAGCUGAAGCGGCAGGAAAAAAAAGGAGAGAAAAAGCAGCCUAGACCUUGACAAUAAGCGCUAUUCUCGGUGUUUAUUUCUCAGCGAUAAGAAGAGGCAUGGACAACAGUACAACAUCCACCGAGAAAGCAGUGCAGCGCUCCAAGUCAUUCAGCCUGAAGCCCCAAGCAAAGGAGCUCUGUGCCUCCUGUGAGAAGACUGUUUACCCCAUGGAGCGCCUCGUUGCCGACAAGAAUAUCUUCCACUCGUCCUGCUUCUGCUGCAAGCACUGCAACACCAAACUGAGCCUGGGCAGCUACGCGGCGCUCCACGGGCAGUUCUACUGCAAACCGCACUUCCAGCAGCUCUUCAAGAGCAAAGGCAACUACGACGAGGGCUUCGGCCGCAAGCAGCACAAGGAGCUGUGGAGCGUGAAGGAGGCAGAGAGUGGCACCAAAAGCGCCUGACCAGCCCGCCGGCUCCGAGACCUGCACCAACAGCCAUGCGCACAGCAACCUGCCAGAGCUGCUGCUGCUGCUGCUGCUGCUGCUGCUUCUUCUUCUUCUUCUUUUCUUCUAAAGCAAACUCAUUUUAAAAACCUUGUAUCUCAACAGUGUGCACUCAGGAAAGUGCUGCCACAAACAAGCAUUCCCUGCAUCCUCAGAGAAGGAUUGCGUGACCCAGAGAAGCACUCGGAGGAGGCUGUCUCUGCAAGCAGGCACAGAAACAAGUCUACAUUGCGUUGAUGGGAUCUUGUUUAUUUAAUUGUGUGCAGGUUUGCAUUGAUAGGAUCUUGUUUAGUUAAUUGUCUUCAGGUUUUCCCUUGUUUUUCCUUGCCACUCCGAAAACAAGCCCACCAUCUGAGACUGAACUGCACGCCUAGCUACUCAUUGGUCACAAGGUUUUAAAGGGUUAAUAUCUGGGCAGAACCUUGUUUGCCAAGUAAAGAAUCUUAGUCCUCUUGGUACCAAGCUGUCUAACAGAAGUGGAAUUCAAAUCAGAAUCUCUCCAAGGCCCCGUGCACGGUCCCAACGUGGCUCCUUUUGUGGAGUCUCUGGAGUCAGGAUUCCCGGGAAAACGGAUGCUUCACUGUUGGGUUCUUUCUUUCCUUUCUUUCUUUCUUUCUUUCUUUCUUCCUCCUCCUCUCCCCUACCUCAUGUGGACCAACCCAGGGUAUCAUGUUUGAGACUCAAAUCUCCUCAACAGGGCUCCUGCCUUUCGUCACUGAAUCUCAAUCCUUGUUAAGGAGAAUGGCAUUUGUUUUUUUUAUAUGAUCUGAAAUUUGAAUUUUAGAGAAUUGUUUUUAAUGUUAAUUGAAAUGUGGAGGUAUCUGCAGAUAUCUUUGCUUGCUUUUAUAUCUGUCUGCAGUCGGUGAGAGAAUGCUUGUCACUUCUUCAGGUACGUUUUUAUUUCAGCAUCUCUAGGAACUAGUCGGAGGUAGGUCUGUGGCGCUUGUGUCCAGAGAGGUAUUAAACUGGGUUUGCAAUGCUGGGUUGGAUCAUAGUUUCUGAAAGAAAGCAAAUCGAAUUAACCCUUUUACUGCUGAAGCAUAUUAGAAAACAUUUUUAACAUUUUAAUGUCUCUUUGUUAGUAAAAUAAAAUUCUAUUGUUUUACUUCGUGCUUCGAUUUCCAUUUCUUUAUUAUUUUUUAUUCCCUUCCUUUCACCAUACAAGUAGUAGUUUGUGGUGUGACAUCGGGCACUGAAGGGUUAAACUGUGCUUUGCAUGUCCUUUGAGAGCGGAUGCAUCGAUACAGAUGGUAAACUAUAAACUUCAACCACUCCUUCAUGAAACUGUAAGAAGCCAAGCCAAUGCGCUGGUCAGUGCUGCUGAUAAUGUGCCAUUGCAUAUCGCUGGUGAGAGUGUCAGCCACAGUGUUUGUGUUCUUGACUUGGUUUCUUAUUGUGUAGCCAGUAGACAUGAAUUUCCCUGCAAAGAAGGAAUGUGCAGCCUCUCUUUCAUUCUGUGUGCGAGUGAAUGUUUGCAAUACAGAGAAGGAUGCAUUCAUUAGACCUGCAGGUUGAUGGUGUUAAUCCUGUGUGUCUUAACUAGACUGUACAUCCUGCACGAGAUUCAGGGCGUUUACACAUGCAUGACCCACCGAGACUCUUCAUUUCACAUUUCAUUCAUUGUUCUAUUUUGUCAUGUUUUGCUUAUUUGUGUAGUAUUCGAAGUACGUUUCCUAAUUGUCGAUUAGGGUCAUUGCUUCUUGAUUGUGUAAUUGAGAAGCAGGAGCGAGCGGUGGAGAGCAGUGAUUGGCUGAAUAGCAGGUGCUGGCGUUGUUAGGUGUUUUGAGUUCUGUUAUUGUGAGCACCAGUAAGGAGGAAUGCAGCAUCCGGUAUAUUAGUGGCAUUGGAGCAGGAAGAUCUGUUAGUUUGUCAGACAUUUGUACUCAAAGGUAACUGGCUGACGACAGGAGGAAAGUACUACAGAACAUGGCUGUUUCAGUAACUAACAGCAAGUCGGCUUCAUCGGGGGCUGCAUACCUAAAGCUGGGGAAAAAAAAGAAACUAAGUUGGUGUUUUGGGUGCGACAAACGCAGAAGCCAAUUUGUUGUCUGUAACGGCAUUUCCACAACAGUGAUUUUUUUAUUUUACUUUUGGGGCUGAAAACCCUGUUAUCAGGAACACAUUCAUUUCUAUUUCUUUUUUGUUUUGUUAGUUUGUUUACUGAAAAGUUAAAGAGAAAUCUCUUAAGAAUGGUAGAGCCAUGCAGGGUACUGGGAUAUGACUGGUCCUUUAGCCGUUGUUGUUAUCUGGACUGUUGGAUGUUAAAUUAAUUCGCUUCCGAUUUUGUAUAAACAUGACUGAUAUUGCAGCAGUGGAGAUCUGGAGCCAAACCCACAGGGUAUGAGGCUUCUUUCAUAGGAGACAACCUCUCUGUUCGGUUGAGUUCUCUCUUUGAUCUGCUGAAGAACCGGUUACUUUCAAUACCUUGAAUUGAAUCACUAUACGACCCAAUAGCCUAUAUUGUAAUAGUUUUCAUAUUAUAAUGUGUUGGGAGAAUCUCAUGAAUCUACCCAAUGUGUUUAGUGCAUCUCCCCUCAUGUAGAUGGUCCUUCACCUUUUUGUAGUUUUUCCGAAAGUUUUUAUGUUUGUGCAGUAAUCUAGGAAUCCAUCCUUUUAUAUUUAAUGUAAGGUAGGGAGAAGGAAGUUGUUUGGGUGAGUUUGUGGUGGUUUGUUGCUUGCGCUGUUUUAUUUAAAUACGAUUAUCCCACACAGACAUUAACUGUACAGUUUCUUGUAUAAUCGAACGCUCCUCAUUGUAGUUCCUCCACUUUAACCACUAUCUGAAUCCAUGUGGAGGUUUAAUGGGAAUCUGUAGUGAUGCCACUUUGAGGGCUGCUGUGAAUAACAAGUGUGGCGACAGCGAAUAACGAGCCGGUUGAUGUUCUUGAGCUGUGGUUGUUUGUAAUGAACUCCUGUUUAAUAGCAGCGCUGCUUGGGGAUAAUCUUCAACCUUCAAGAUUUUUCUUGUUCAUGGGGUGUUUUGUUGCGCUGGAGUGGUUUUGUUAUCUAAAGUUGGCAAAGCCGUGCUGGUCCUCAUUUGAGAUACUGAAGGCAGUCUGAACUGUGACCUGUGAGAGGGACUGUCUGCACCCUUCUUCUUCUCACCAGGAGAACACACUUGUUUUCUUUCUCUGUCACUUAUGUGAUAUCCCUGGCAGGAGGACAGCAAGAGAACCAGACCUUGAUCUCCUACAUCAGUUAUUUAAGUCAGCACACGGACAGAAGGCAGACCACGUUUCCACCUGCUAUAAAACCAGUCUGAAACUCGCUCUAUUCUCAUUCCCAGUGUCAAACUGGGGCUGCCUGGCUGUGGCUGCAUAUGCAGUCACAGAUAUGUCACGUUUCAUAGAGCUGUCAUUAAAUAACUUGGUGAACCUACUGCUGUCAGUUGAAAUUGUGGCAAUCCUGUUAGAUUUCAAAUCACUUUAACUCUGCCCCAGUGUCUGAUGGUGUUGAUGAAUGAGCCCCAGUCACUGCCCUCCUAGCCAGCAGGGGUCACUGCUGUGCAUUGGGGUUUCAGGGGUGUAAAAGCCAAUUUAUUACUUAAUGGAACUGGAAUGGCAGGCUCUCCACAUGCAGGCUCUUGUUAAUUGGUCUGUUACUGAAAGCUGAGAAUCCUGCCUCAGAUUGCCAUGCACCAGAUCAUUUAGAAAGGUGUGAGUACCACUUGAGUAUCUCACAGUGCGGAGUGCGUGGAGACCUGGUUUUGUGAUUUACCUUUGAAGCAUUCUCACAGGAGGAGGGAAUCAAACACACUAUGCAAGGGAGUCUAGCUUGCAGAGGCAUUAUUAAUGAGAAUCAAUAUUUUGCCUGUGUUUUAAUUCCUUACAGAAGAGUCCUAAGUGGAAGUGUUAUUUGAUAGAGCCACAUGGAAAAGGACAAGCUCCUGCAGAGCUGCCCUGAGCUUGUAGACUGGACCCUCCCCCUGCCAACCUGUCACAAUCACGGUUCUGUAAUCUCCACUUCAGAGCUCUACUUUCUGAUUCAACUCAGGUGUGCUUUUACUGCAACCGGUUCAGCACAGAGCUGCACAUGCAAUCAAAUAAUAAACACACACAGAGGAAGACGACUUCAUCUUCUUGGAUCAUUGGCCUCAGUUCAUUCUUCCAAGUUUCUUUUUUAGUACUAUAUUGAUUAACAGUUCCCUGGUGCAUGGCUCCAGCUCGACAGAUGGUUCCCUGAUGAGAAUUCACAUUCUCUCACUGUUCUUUACAAUAUUUUGUUAUAAUGCCAUUUUACAGUACUUGCUUUCCUUUGUGCAGUGUGAAAGCAGCAAGUGUUUCCUUGUUGUGCAGUGACUAACAGAGCUAGUUAAAGGGUUUCUGAACGGUUGAUCUUUAUAAAAGUAUAUGUUGUUAAGUAUGCAUUACAUCUGUGUUUUGAGAUAUCUGUUGUUGAAGUGUAAAUACCUUAAGUGAGGAAUCGUCCUGUGAAUGUAUACCACUGACCCUGCACCUGGCAAUGCAAUACUCGCAACUGUACAGGUGUGAUGCCCCUAUACUGCCUGCAUUGCCUAAUAGCUCACUUAAGGUACUGCAUGCUUUCUGCACUGGUUCUGGUGAAAGACUAUCUGUAUGUAGGAUGAAGUUUUUAAAAAAGAACUGGCUCAUCCAUUUGGUUUAUUUUAGGUGGGAAAAAGGAUAGCCAGUUUUAACUGUUUGUGUGAAUUUGACUUGACCUGUGGUAUGAUGCAGUGGCCUUGAUAUGAUCAUUAGGGUAUGAUCAUUCGUGUUUUAUUUUUUUGUAUUUGUAUAUGUAUGUAUUUUGUAGUCAGUACUGUACUCAGUAGUAGAUUUGUCUGAAACUUUUUUUAAUGAAUCCCCCCCCCCCCCAAUGCAUUAUGUAGAUGUUUAUGUAAUAUUGUUCACCAUAAUAAACAAGAUUUUACAUUUUGUAUUCU